GCACGUGGCCAUGGAGGCUAUGAUUCUGAUUUUAGUGAUGAGGAGAGUGGAGAGAAGUCUCUGCAAAAACCAAAAAGAACGGAAGAAGAUGCUCUUCUGGCAAAGCCCUUCCAAAAAGCCAAGCAAGGCGGAGUGGUUCACAGACAGUUUGCAGCUGAAGAAUGUGAUAGGGAAGAAGCAAGAAAAAGAAGAUUCCACUUGAUAUCGAUGGAUGCUUAUCAAAGACACAAAAAGUUUGUUCAUGAUUACAUUUUGUACUAUGGAGGAAAAAUAGAGGAUUUCCGACGGUCUGGAGAAAAUGACAAGACGGAUCAGGAUGUUAUUAGAGAGAACCACAGAUUUCUCUGGAAUGAAGAAGAUGAAGAAGACAUGAACUGGGAGAAGAGGCUUGCAAAGAAGUAUUAUGAUAAAUUGUACAAAGAAUACUGCAUAGCAGAUCUCAGCCGAUACAAAGAGAACAAGUUCGGAUUUAGAUGGAGACAUGAGCAAGAAGUAAUCUCAGGAAAAGGUCAGUUUUCCUGUGGAAAUAAGCACUGUGAGGAGAAUGAAGGCCUGAAGAGCUGGGAGGUGAAUUUUGGCUAUGUUGAACAUGGUGAAAAGAGGAAUGCCCUUGUGAAAUUGAGACUGUGUCCAGAAUGUUCCUACAAACUGAACUUUCAUCACAGGAGGAAAGAAGUCAAGGUGCACAAGAAAAGAAGCACAGCUGGCAAAGAGCCAAAGAAAAGGAAGGUAAAAUCAUCUUCUUCAGCAAAAAAGAAGUCCAAAAAAAAGAGGCAUAAAGAUGAGGUUUCUUCAGAAGAUUCAGGUAAUUCUGAUAAAGAUUCAGACAGCAGUGCAGAAGAUGGUCCUUCAGGUGCUGGCUUUGGGAAAGGUCCUCUACAAGAUCCAAAAUCACGGGAGGAGGAGUUUGAUGAUUAUUUUCAAGGCUUGUUUCUCUAA